CAUUUUCAGUUGGCGCAAAUAGAUUCAAGUCCAUGUACGUUUUCUAAAGCUGAAAUAAAGUUUCACAUAGCUCAUCUGUACGAGGUUCAGGGAAAAUUUAAAGCUGCAAAAGAAGCUUAUGAACAAUUAUUGGAACAAAAAGACUUAUCAAAGUGUGUUCGAGCAGAAACUCUGAAGCAGUUAGGGUGGAUGCAUCAUACCGUAGAGGCCUUGGGUGAUAAACCACAGCGGCAGACUUAUGCCCUUCAUUGUCUGCAGAAGUCCAUUGAUGCAGACCCUACUAAUGGCCAAUCAUUAUAUUUUCUUGGUCGAUGCUAUGCAUGCAUUGGAAAAGUUCAUGAUGCCUUUGGAUCUUAUAGAAAUUCUGUUGAUAAAACAGAAGCAAAUGCAGAUACAUGGUGUUCUAUAGGUGUAUUAUACCAGCAACAAAAUCAACCAAUGGAUGCAUUACAAGCUUAUAUAUGUGCUUUACAAUUAGAUAAAACUCACACUCCUGCCUGGAAUAAUCUUGGUAUUUUAUAUGAAAAUUGUAAUCAACCUCAGGAUGCACUCAAAUGCUAUGUAAAUGCAACUAGAGGCAAAGGACCAGUAAAUCCAAACUUAACUGCAAGAGUGAAAUUUUUACAGAGCCAAUUAGGAAAUGUACCACCAAGUGGAAUUGAAAGACCAAGACAGUUACCUUGUGUGGAGGAAGCAUGGCAUAUUCCUAUUUCACAAGAGAUGGCUUCACGACAGAAUAAUGUUUCUCAUAAUUCUAUGACAAGAAAUAUUCCUCCUGGUAUCACCGGUCAAAGACAGCCAUAUGUAAAUCAACAAAUAUAUAAUGUUUCACCUGGUCAUUUUAUGGGUCAGUCAAAUGCCCAAGUAACUCAGCCUUAUGGAACAAGUUGUCAAAAUCAACAGGAGCAACAAAGUCAUAUUGUUAAAAGAAUAAAAUUAAAUUCAGGAACUGGACAAACUAUUCAAUCAGGUACUCAUUCAGAAGGAAAUGUUUCUGCACAGCAAAAUAAUCCAUAUUAUUUUAAUCAACAACAAUUGCAACUUCUUAAUUUACAACAGAAUCAGGGUACACUAACUCCACAACAAAGAACAUUAAUGCAGCAUCUCCAGCAACAAUAUCAGUUGAUGCAGAAACAAAAACAACAGACUACUACACAGCCAAACAUCAUAAGGCCUUCCCAUCAGCAAUCUCUGCCUGUUUCAUCUAGUGUAUCAACAAAUUUUUCUCCUGCUGAUUCACGUACAGUAAUUUCUGGUCAUGCUGGAAUACCUGUAAAUUCUAGAACAGUGGUUCAUUCUGACACAUUGAAUCAUUCCAAAACAGUGCCUGUUCAGUCACAACUUAGUCAUACUUCUACUGAAGUUAAUAAUCAUGUUUCAUCUGCAAAUCAAGCAACAACUGGUACUCCUUUAAUAGAAAGUACUACACCAUUUAUAAAUAGAAGGCCACUGACGACAACACCUGAUCAAUCUGUUCAUAAUACCUCACCUUACACUGCCAGUAAUCAGGUUUCAGGUGGUGUUCAUGAUCUUCAGCAGGCCAAUUUGCUUAAACAAAGACAACAAAAUGCUUUACAUGGCACUAUGUCUGGAAAUGUUCGUCCUCCUUCGACAUGCCAAUCACCGAGUUCUCAGGAAGUUACAAGUACUACUCUUAUGUCACCGUUAGGUGAACAAGAUUUUCAAACCGUUCUUUCACAAAAAGAAAUAGCAUUAGCAGAAGGUUUAUUGGCUCAAUUCACAGGAGAAAUAACAUCUAGUAAAACAGAUAAUUUAGAAAAAUCAAAAUUAUCUGAAUCUCAGGAUAUUGUCCAAGAUUCGUUAGACAAUGUCCAUUCUACUGUUAUGAGUCCAAUUAGUGGGGAUUUAGAUACAUGUAAAAUUGUUGAACAUCAAAGAGAAUCAACAGAAGUAGAAGAUAUUACAAAAAGUAAUCAAAUAAAUGAAAAACAAGAAACUUGGUCAAAUUCUUCAAGUAAACAUUUAAUUGAAAAUAGUUCUAAAUCUAUUAGAAAUGAACUGAAAGUAAACACUGUUUCUAUCCCAAGUGUUCAGCAGGCUCUGAAACAAAAUAGUACAGAAAAUCCUUCUACAUCAAGUAUAACAGCUCCUGUGUCACUCUCUAUUAAUAUGAGUUCUUCCCAGCUGCUGGCAGCAUGUAAAGGUUUUGAAAAGAAUGGUGUUUCUAAUACAAGUAUUAUGACUGAAUUAUGUCCUCCUCCAACUCCACCAGAUCCUCCUUAUCCACCACUGCCAAAAGAUAAAUUACUACCUCCAACACCAAGUGUUUUUCUUGAAAAUAAGAAAGAUGCAUUUUCUCCCCAACUUCAAGAGUUUUGUUUAGCUCAUCCAAUUGCUGUGAUACGUGGCCUUGCUGCAGUGCUCAAAUUAGAUUUAGGCUUAUUUUCUACGAAAACUUUGGUGGAAGCCAAUCCAGAUCAUACAAUAGAAGUAAGGACCCAGCUUUUACAACCAUCUGAUGAAAAUUGGGAUGCUGAAAGGAAGAGACAAGUUUGGAGGUGUGAAAGUCAUCGUUCUCAUACAACGAUCGCCCGAUAUGCACAGUACCAAGCAUCUUCAUUUCAGGAAUCAUUGAGAGUAAGAAUAUUUCUAGUUAGCUGUAACUAUGUCAACAUGCAUAGCAUCUGUCAAAAACAAAGUUGUGAAGCCAAACAGAACAAAGAAAUAGUUGAACCUGUCUAUCUCGAAUCUCAUGGAAAUGAGAAAAAUAUUCAAGAUAAGUUUCUAGAUAGAGGUUCCUGCACAGUUGUUUCAGCUGCAAACAUGCUCAGCCAUGUUGGUCAUGUGAUAUUAGGAAUGAAUACUGUUCAGUUGUAUAUGAAAGUUCCUGGAAGCAGGACACCUGGACAUCAAGAAAAUAAUAAUUUUUGUUCAGUCAAUAUAAAUAUUGGACCUGGUGAUUGUGAAUGGUUUGCUGUUCCUGAAGGCUAUUGGGGAGUUAUUUAUAAUCUUUGUGAAAAGAAUAAUAUCAGUUUCUUACAUGGUUCCUGGUGGCCUCUUCUUGAUGAUUUAAUGGCUGAAAAUGUACCUGCCUAUCGUUUCCUUCAAAGGCCGGGUGACCUUGUAUGGGUAAAUGCAGGCACUGUACAUUGGGUACAAGCAGUGGGUUGGUGUAAUAAUAUUGCAUGGAAUGUUGGACCUUUAAUUGCCAAACAAUAUCAGUUAGCAGUUGAAAGAUAUGAAUGGAAUAAACUUCAAAGUUUUAAAUCAAUUGUGCCAAUGGUUCAUUUAACGUGGAAUUUUGCUCGCAAUAUCAAAGUAUCUGAUCAAAAAUUGUUUGAACAGAUAAAAUAUUGCCUUUUGCGCACAUUACGUCAAUGUCAACUAACAAUUGAUUUUGUGAAGGCUUUAGGAAAAGAAAUCAGAUGGCAUGGAAGAGGAAGAAAUGAAGCUGCUCAUUAUUGUGUUAAUUGUGAGGUUGAAGUGUUUAACAUUUUAUUUGUGAGGGAAGUAGAUAAAAAACAUGUUGUUCAUUGCCUUGAUUGUACAAGGAAAGCAAGUCCUACAUUAGAAGGUUUUGUGGUAUUAGAAGAAUAUACAAUGGCUGAUCUUACUGAAGUGUAUGAUAAUUAUGUAUUACAUCCUUUACCCCAUUCUACUCCUAAUAAUUCAUCAUGACAUGAAUAAUAACUUUAGAUUAUAUUUACAUUCGUGCAAAAAAACUAAAAUAGCAACAAUAUGCACAUCCCAGUACAAGUAAAAUAUUUAAGAUGUUUCAUACAUAUUCUUUUUCAUCUUUUUUUUGAACAGAAUUGCUACAUAUGUGAAUAUAUAAAUAUGUGUGUAAACAUAUUAUGUAUGACUAGCAGUUUAUUUUGAAUGUACAUUUGCUGGUCAGUCUUGAAAUUGGCAACAACCUUGAAUCAGCUAAGGACUGAGAGGAUGUUGUGCAAUGCAGGGAACCACAAGCACCGUAUUAAUAGUACCUUCAUUUGUAAAUAUCAUAGAUUAUGUCCUGUCAUCAGUUAAAUUGCAACAUUGUAAUUAAUUAAAUCACUCUGGUUCAUUCUAGUGAUGAUACAGAAACUAUUGUUUCUAACUGCAGUACAAGAUUGAAGAAAUCUAUCAACUAUGCAAAAAAAUAUAUACCAAAAAAAAAAAAGAGAAUUAUGUAUGAGCUGUUAAUUUUUCAACACCCACAUAGGUUUAUAGAAAUAUGAGAUUCUCUAUUUAGGUGCUCAUUUUCUGUGAGAAGUAAGUACUGUUUGCCAAUGAAUAUUUAAAGUGUUGCCAGAUUGUUCUUAUCACUGCCAUUAUCUGCAGACAGAUAUUGUGAUAAUCCACAAUUUAAAAAUUGAUAUAUUCAGUAAAGCAUCUUUAUAUGCCUUUUGUAUAAGAAAAUAUUAUUUCAUUGAAGUGAUUGACUUAAAUGAUUGUAUAGAUUUUAUUAGUUUUGUUUUUCUUUUUAAUUAUUUUUCUUUAACAGUGCAGAAUUGUGUUAAAUGUGUUUUAAAUGACACUAUCUCAAUUCAGUCUUCACUAAUAUUAUUUUAUAAAAGAUUGAGAUAUUAUUGUUGCUGCACAGUUAUAUUGUUUUGUGUGUAUAGUUUUUUUUUGUAAUCUAUAAAAUAUGAAAAAAUCUGUUAUUACUUUUCAUCCCUAUCUAUCCAAUUGAUCUCAUCUUUAGAUAUAAUUAAAAACGAAAAUGUACAAGUUUGAAUAUUUUCCUUAAUAUUUCAUGGUAUUUAUGCCUUAAGUUUGUAUUUAAAAUUCUAUAGAAUGAAAUAAAUAUCUUAGCUCUAGCUAAUAAGUUCAGAUAUUUAUUAAUAAUUUU